AAAAAUUUCAUAACCUGGUCCUGCCCUGUCCUGCUAUUUUCGCUGCCUGCCCUGUCCUGCCCUGUCAGGGCAGGGCAGGGCAGGGCAGGUUACCUGCAUCCUGCAGGGCUCUAACACCGGGGGAGGUUCUCUUGUAAGACUACUUCCAACACAAUCACUACUUAUGCUUGCAGACGGUUGCCCUUGUUCAUACAUACACUCACUAACUCUGUGUUGUUCACUUUCGAUGAUUUCACACUAACUGUUUCGUUCAUCCACGACAACUUGAACGAGCACAGCGAGGCGCAUUGAUGUGGAGACAACAAUACGGUUUAAAUAUGCGCAGAGAGUAUUGACCCAUAAGCCCGAUAUCACAUAGGGAUGAUAUUAUAUAUGUUUGAUAUGCCUAUCGGCACAAACAAAUUUUAGUAUCAUACAAUAAAAAAAGUAAAGGUGCUGAUUCUAUUUUUUGUACUUUUUGGUGGAUUAUCUUGAAAAGCACAGUGUCAUUUUCCCUUGUAGUCGAAAACAUUUGGAACAGGUUAUUUUCUUCUCACAAGCAUCAUAUUUAUUACUGAUGCCCAACGUACAUUUUCCUUUAUGUUAUAUAUAGAAAAAGAACGAUGUACAAAGUUUUUAGUUUGAUUUUUCUGUUUGCUUUUGGAGGUGUAGCAGGUCGUGCUCCUAAAACUAAUGUUCAAUCAAGCCAUAUUAGACAUAUUUCAUUACCAUUGAAACAAGGAAAUAAUGGUGUUGAUGUUGAUUUGUGUCCAACAUGUGUUAACACAUUUGAUGAUUUAAUCUAUUUUGUUCUUGACGGUAUCAUUGAAUUGGGUAUUAUUAAUACGUGUGAUGAUAUAUGUAGUUAUGUUACUCAAAAGUCAGGAUCGCCUGUUUUAGAAGCCAUUUGUUCAAUCGGUUGUGAUAUUGUGGGAGUUAACGAAUUUAUUAAAUUAGCUACAGAAGUUGAUCUUGAUCCAAUUUACUUUUGUGAAUCAUUAAAAUUUUGUCCAAUCAAUGAUAAUGGUGAUGCUAAAUUUAUAUCAUUUAUUAUUUCACCACCACAUGCUCAAGCUUAUAGUACAUUUAUUUUUGAUUUAACUUUCGAAUCUGUUAAUGGAACUGGUACAAGUCAAUUGCUGUUUAAUAUUCAAACCAUCGAUGCAAUUAAAAUUUCGUCUUUCUUUUUGAUUGAAGCAAAAAAACCAGGUAAAUAUGCUGAACGUUUUAGUAUUGAUACUACUCCAGAUCCAGAUUGUGAAUCUGCUGUCGAUCCUUGUGAAGAAUGGUUUCCGGGCGUAUAUAAUGUCACAGUUAUGAUUUGUAAUGGAGAGUGUGGUUCACAUCAUCCUCAUAGUCAGCUUUAUGAUAUGGUUAAAGGUUCAUUUCAAAUUGAUAAAUAA